UUAUUACAAUUCUUAUUACUAUGAGUACUUCUAUUGCUGCUAUUGAUAGUGUUAUAUUGUCUGUGAUAAUUGCUUGUUCUGUGAUAUGUUAUACAAUAUUAUCUGACUUUUAGUUUGCAUUAGUGUGUAGUAUAUCCUAUAUAUGUCAAUGUUUCUUGUGUGACUUAUGAUGUACGUGCGUAUGUUUUUCCUGUGUCCUCGCAUGUGUGACAACAAUCUCUCUCUUAGACGACGCCCGGCCUGUGACGCAGAGUGUAUGAGAAAUUUCCUUUUCAUUUUGUUAUUUCUUGUCUCCAGUGACACUGCUUAACCUAUUUACUUACUGGUGUUUCCUUCACUCCUUAGCACCAUUUCAGUACCAUUUCAGGCAAUAACUACAAUUACUAUCACUGCUACACCUACUGCCACUGCUACUAAUUGCCUGUUCCUAGCAGCAAUGAAAAAAUAAAUAUACUAAAAUAUAUUCCUGUCUGUUAUCUUUCAAACGUCCGGUCUUGACGUCAAAGGAAGCCGUGACAUUUUAUUUGUCAUCCGACAUAAAACAGAGUUAGCGGGUGGCCUCUGGCGUGCAGUUGUACAGUUUGCUGAUCGUCUUCCUGCAAAAUGAAGCUGAGACUGAAGCUCGUGGUCAGUUUCGCUCUCAGUCUCCUGACGGUGUGUUCGACUCAAGAGUGUACAGGCCACCAGCUAAGAGGCGUCAGAAUUCAGCUAGCUUCAGGGCCAAGAACUGUAACCGUUUCGCUGGAAAAGAAUCAGAAGCUUGAUGUGACACUUAGAGACAAGAAUCAAACAUCAUUUACUAGUGCAGGAAGCCAUACUAUUCACAUUAAAAAAAAAGAUUCCGAGUUUUGUGUGGACUCCCCAACACUACCUCUAGAAGAAGACUGUGCAGACGGAGGCAACUCGCUCUUCUUGUUAAGUAGCAAGACGACCACGUGGGCGCUGGACUGCCCUCCUGACUCCGACGGUCUGACUGGUUCCUGUUCCGGUGGUCUUCACCCUCUGCGACUCCAGUCGGUGAUCCUUGGCUUGGAUUCCGGAGACUUUGCCUUCGAGUGGAGGCCGAACGUCACGGAUACUUACAUCUGUCCGGCGUGGGAAAAAUUCAUCCAGCUCUAUACCAACCCUGGAUGGAACAGAAUCUUAGUCAGCCGUGGUGUUAAUGGGCGCCCGUGUCGAGUCUACAGUGAGGCUCUGAAGAUCAACGUGUCCUGCGACGCUGCGAAGGAUUACUUGGCAUUCGGAAGCUUCGAUGGAAAUUUCGCGGAAGUGGCGAGUGACUUCGCUUUGCCUUGCGAGGACCUCCAGCAGGACAGUGCUUUCAGUGACAGACCUGAGAGGGACCCAGGCAAGACGUUCCAUAGAAAAAUGUUAUAUGACAAUACAAUCAUAUCUGUUAACGAAUCUAACUUUUCAAUAAGAAACACGCUAUACACUGAGCAGAUAAUAGAAUGA